AUGGCAGUGGUGCCAUGGAGCCCUGGGUGGCAUCCCGGUGCCCUGGUGUGUGAUGAUGAUGAUGCCCGCGGUGCCCAGGGCCCAUGCUCAGUGGCUGCAGAGGAUGAGGAUGGGGACGAGGCACUGCUGGGGGUCGGGGGUCCUCGUCCUUGGACUCCGCAGGAGAAGCUGCUGCAUGAGGCACGGCUGAAGGCCAAGGCCAAGCGUCGGCUGCGGCGAGCAUCGUCCCGGGACUCGGCUCGGGAGUCGCUGUCAGAGGGUCCUGAGCCUGGCCCGGAGCCCCCUGGCAGUCCCAAGGGCAGAGCACAUGACCGCAGGUCCCGCACGGGCAAGGGCCGCGGGCUGCCCAAGAAAGGCGGUGCUGGGGGCAAGGGCGUGUGGGGUGCCCCUGGCGUGGUCUAUGGCUACCAGGAGCCCGACGUCCGAGACCCCAACUAUGAUGAGGUGGCUCAGGGAGACACAGUCUAUGCCACCGUGGUGCCCGAGCUGGAGGAGGAGGAGCUGGAGAAGAACGUGCAGCCCAUGGUUCUGGAGUACUUCGAGCACGGGGACACCAGUGAGGUCAUGGAGCUGCUGCGGGAGCUGAACCUGGGUGGCCGACGGCCAGCGGUGGCCGCGCUGGCAGUGGCCCUGGCACUGGAAGGCAAGGCCAGCCACCGAGAGCUGACCUCCCGCCUGCUGGCUGAGCUGGUGGGGCCUGUGGUCACCCCCGAUGACAUGGCCUGGGCCUUUGAUGCCAUGCUGAGGGACCUGCCCGACCUCAUCCUUGACACUCCUGAGGCACCACAGAUGCUGGGCCAGUUCAUUGCCCGGGCGGUGGCUGACCAUGCACUGCCCUUGGACUUCCUGGAGCGGUACAAGGGGCGUGUGGACUGCGAACACGCCAGGGCUGCCCUGGACCGUGCUGCCGUCCUGCUCCGCAUCAAGCGCGACGUCAACCGUCUGGACAAUGUGUGGGGUGUGGGGGGUGGCCAGCGCCCUGUCAAGCACCUUGUCAAAGAGAUGAACCUGCUCCUGAGGGAGUAUCUGCUCUCUGGGGAGGUGUCAGAGGCUGAGCACUGCCUGCGGGAGCUGGAGGUGCCCCAUUUCCACCAUGAGCUGGUGUACGAGGCUGUGGUGAUGGUUCUGGAGGGCUCUGGUGAGGAAUCUGUGGCCAAGAUGGUGACGCUGCUGAAAGUGCUGUGGGAGACAGGGCUGGUGACACUGGAUCAGAUGAACCGGGGCUUCCAGCGGGUGUAUGAGGAGCUGGGGGACAUCAGCCUUGAUGCACCGCUGGCCCAGGGGCUGCUGGAGCAGCUGGUGGAGCUUUGCUUCGACCGUGGGGUCAUCACCCGGGCACUGCGGGACGCCUGCCCCACCAGGAGACGGAAGCGCUUCAUAAGCAAAGGUGAUGGGGGACAGGUCAAGCAGUGA